GGCCAGGGCAGCUGUAAAGGGCAUUUACAAAGAAAAAGGGUUCAAUAUUAAUUUGUAAUAUUGCAUAGGCCUGGAAGGUGUUUAAUCUGCAGCACAGUAACCCCCCUGCAAACAGCAAUCUCGUACACACACACAUGGCCAAUUGUUACUUCCCAAUAACCGCUUAAACCUUACCCACUGAGUCCUCUGAGAUACAGCACUCCGCUAUUUUACAGAGGAGGGAAUGGAGAUGUUCUGCAGAAAAUGCAUUUACUCCCAAUCUCCUCCGGCGGCGGAUGUGACUGUGAAGAGGUGUGCCUCCUGCCCUGAGACGUACCGGCCAGUGGUGACUCUGCAUGGACGCAGGGAAGAGCGGCGGCUGCUGGACGGCCUACUGCGGCACAAGAAGGUCGGUAAACAUGUUUCUAGUGGAAAAUGGAAGUCUCAUGAUGACAUCACUUUCCGGCCUAUGACAUCACAGCACCUGGGAGACCUGGACCACAUGGAAGGGUCUGACCUUGCUGGUUCCAAAGUCUACAAUAACCCCCUCUACCAGCCACCUGCCAGUAAGAUGGCCCGCUUUAUCCACAACGUGGAGCCCCCCACCCAGGAGAACACAAACCAUGUCUCAGCCGAGUCUGCUCCCAACACCUCCUGCCACAGACAAACCCAGGAGAGGAAUGGAAAUGAGGCACCGUCUCACACAGUCCCAGAUGUCCAGGAACCCAGCUUUAUUGCAAGACUAAUGAAGAAGGAUUCUGGUCGAUGGAAACGGAAGAAGUCCAAGUUUGUGCACACACAGCCCCUUUAUCAAGACUACUGUGUCUAUUACACAAAUGGUGGCCCCGGCCUCUCCCCGGCUGUCUUCUCCCUGGAUGUCUCUCUCUCUUUUGCUGGCUUAUUCUCCUCCUCUUUGCUUGGGGUGCACCCCGGUGAUGUGAGCCCCCAACAUUACACAUCGUCCCUGUGGCAGGAGCUACCAGAAGUCAAGUUGAAAGGAAUUGCAGAAACAAUCAGCCCUCAGCAGAAGCAGCUCCAGGAGGCUAUAUUUGAGGUGGUGACGUCGGAGGCCUCCUACCAGCGAAGCCUGUCUGUAGUCAUCGGUCACUUCCAGAAAUCGCGCAAGCUCUCAGAAUGCCUCUUCAUCUCUGACCAGCGUACACUGUUCUCUAAUCUCCCCAGUGUCCGGGCGGUCAGUGAGAGCUUCUUGCUGGAUUUAGAAGAAGGUCUGGAGAGGGACAUAUUCCUGUCUAACAUUGGCGAGCGGGUCCUGAGACACUGUCCUGAAUUCCAUCGAGUCUACAUUCCCUACGUUACCAACCAGAUGUAUCAAGAGAGACUUAUGCAGCAGCUGGUCCGAGACAAUGGAAAGUUCCUGCAGGUUCUCAGGAAACUAGAAGAGCAGCCAGUGUGCAAGAGACAACUCCUGAAAUCUUUCCUGGUCCUCCCAUUCCAACGGAUAACUCGCCUGAAGAUCCUGCUGGAGAAUAUUCUGAGGUUGGUGCAAAGUGAGUCGGAGUUGGAAUCUUCUGUCAGAAGCGCUGUAUCUGCAGUUGGUCAGAUUGUGUCGCAGUGUAAUGAGGGGGUGAGAGGUAUGAUGCAGACUGAGGAGCUGAUCUUACUCGAGAAGCAGAUGGAUUUCCAGAACACUAAGUCUGUUCCCCUCGUCUCCCGGGGGCGUGUCCUCAUCCGGCAUGGAGAACUAGUGAGAAUAGGCUUCCAGGAUUUGGGAAUUGGUCACAGGCCGCACCUCAACAGCAAACCCAUUUACCUCCAUCUCCUCAGUGAUCUGCUGCUCCUGUCCUGCAGAGCGGACACCGGCCGUUUCUUGGUGACGGAUUACGCUGUGAGGGGACAGGUGAAAGCCGACCAUGUGAAAGCCAAGGCUCUCGGCCUUCCCAGCCUGGUCUUCCUGCUGCGCCUGAGACAGAACGACAGCGGCCUGAGCUGUGAAAUCGUCCUGCAGGCCCCCAGCGAGAGUGAGAAGGAGAAUUGGAUUUCCCAGAUAACCAAGCAGAUGUCGCAGGAGGAGGGCUGCUGAGUGUCGGUGACCCAGGGCGUGCAUUGCUUGGGGGGGUCAUUCUGAGCUAUUGAUUUUCUCGAUGCCGGGGUCAGCGACCUUUUCGACCGUGAUUUCCUCUGGACGAUUCUAGCGGCGUCCCGCAGGAUUUGGGUGAUGGGCUUCGGAGUUGGUCCUGAGUUUACUUGCCGUGAGGAAUACCUGGACACGUCUGCUGAACGCAACCGUCGCUGGCGCUGGAUUGGCUGCAUGCUUGGAAACGCAGACUCCGUGUUAUCUGUAGGACUGAGGACGGAACGUUACGCACAUUGUGGAUGAUUCCAGUGAGGAGGGGGGAUUAGGUCAUGUUUUCCAGUCUCCGGCUGGUGGCAUUCCCUGUCCUAUCUCUUCCAGACUCCUGUCAUCACGGACCGGUGUGCGGAGCAGGUUACCCCAUUCCCAGGCUCGGCUAUAAGUGGAAAGGUCACACUGUAUAGUGUACAUGGGGCGGUGGCUGAUUACACGGACUAAUGACUCCGUGUUACAUAUAUGUAAUUAUACAGACUAUGGGGGACAUUUACUGAGCCAGGCAUGUCCAAACUGUGGCCCUCCAGCUGUUGU